GGCACCUUUUUGUUCUGCGGGGCAGAUGAUCCCUCUUUAAGUGAGGUUUUCCUGGUUUUCCAUCCGCACCCAAGGUGGUUCUCAUGUGGCACUGGACCCUGGGCUUUAAUUUGCAGCCUAGGACUUGGAGAGAGGGGUUCAGCACCAAGAGGCACGCACCCCCUACUCUCGUGCUAUGCAUUACUCAGAGUUGCAGUUCCACUCCGUUUUACACUAAAAUUCAAAAGCGGGCACAGCACGGAAUCUUCUGGAAAGGGGAUCUCUGGAGGCGGGGGUCGGUGUGGAAAGAGCAGAUGGAUUAUUUUUUCCUCUUCUGGCGAAUGAGGAGCGCCCCCGGCCACCCCUCCUCAUGGACACCCCCCCCAAGCACGCAUGCGCACUUAGGUGGCAGGCGGAUACUUAAAGCACGGCCACCGCGGCUGCGGCAGUGCGCCCAACAGCGGACUCCGAGAGACCAGCGGACCUCGGCAAACCGGUGGCCUCCGGCGGCGCUAGAUCUCAACCACCCACCCACCCACCCCUCUUGGAACCAUGGCGGCAGUGGCGGCAGCCUCGGCUGAACUGCUCAUCAUUGGCUGGUACAUUUUCCGCGUGCUGCUGCAGGUGUUCCUGGAAUGCUGCAUUUACUGGGUAGGAUUCGCUUUUCGAAAUCCUCCAGGGACCCAGCCCAUUGCGAGAAGUGAGGUAUACCUAAGCUGUGGGUCCAAUCAGCUUGCCGCCAUGCAGCCUUCAGCACAGUUGGAAAAGCUCCAGCUGCCCUGACUUGUGGACAAGCUGCACCCGCACCGCCUCUCCUAGUGUUCAGGUACUCCCUGCAGAAGCUGGCGUACACCGUGUCGAGGACCGGGCGGCAGGUGCUGGGAGAGCGUCGGCAGCGAGCCCCCAACUGAGGCCCCAGCCCCCACCCCUGGGCGGCUGUGUCACCAGGUGCUCCUGUGCAAAUCGAUCAGCAUGGGAGCCAGUGCCGCACAGGAAUGGGGGGUCCCCUGUGCCCUCUCGCUAGAGGAGCACCUGCCAAGGUCAGUGAGGGGCUGGUAGGCCCCCGGAGAAGCAGCACCGACGACGACGACAAUGCCAGAUCCCUUCCAAACCCCUCUGCACCUGUCCCACUGUGGGGCCGGGUGGAGGGGGAGGGGUCAUGGGGAGGAGCAGACCCCUGAGAUCUGGGAUAGGCAAUGCAUUCUGAUCUGGACCAAGUCGGGACAGCAACAUCCGAGCCUAGCAGCAACGGCCAUGCCAGCAGGCGCCACCGCAGAGAUCCAGACAA